AUACCGGAAAUGUUAUAGUUGAUGCCGGAAGUGUUUAAUGGCGGCAGUCGUGUUGCCCUCUCUCGUGUUUAUUAGUUCUCGUUUCUCCUCUUGUUCGUAACCGAGCCGCCGAAGCUGUUCGUGUUUCCUCGGAGGCAGAAACGGAGCUCGCUGAGAAGAUACUCGUGUUCUGUUUGUGUGUCGGUUUGUCAGUAGCUUGGCCGCCGACAGGUCUAGAGAUGUGCACCCAGACGAAGGCCGCCGCGCUGAUGAUGAACAUACCGCCGGCGGACAUCGACCCGUCCGGCGUGUUCAAGUACGUCCUGAUCCGGGUGCACAGCCGGGAGGAGGGCGACGACGACGCGGGGGUCGACAUCGUCCGAGGAUACGGCUGGGCCGAGUACCACGCCGACAUCUAUGACAAGGUUUCGGAGGAGCUGGAGAAGGGUGGCCAUCUGGACUGCGAGUGUAUCGGCGGAGGGAGGAUCAAACACGAACCCCAGGACAAGAAGAUCCACGUCUACGGUUACUCCAUGGGCUUCGGGCGAGCGAACCACGCAGUGACUACUGAGAAACUAAAGGUUCGGUAUCCGGACUACGAGGUGACCUGGAGCAACGACGGAUACUGAGCCGAGACGAAACCUCUGCCGGACGCCGUUUCUCCUGGACUGACAUGGCACUUGACUGUAGCCCCCUCGUGAGGUGGAGGAAACAUGAACGUGAUCCCACCUCGAUUCGAGGUUGUAGCGUGUCACUGAACAAGCUCAUUAUCGGCCUCCUUGUCGGCUGAAGGCAGCGCCACUUAAAGGGGCAGUAAGUGAUUUUGGAGAAAGAUUGUUUGUUGUUGAUUUGUUGACUGCACGCUGGUCGGGGCUCGAACCCGCAGCCUCGGGUAUGUGAGACCGACGCUCUAACCACGAGGCCAAAACUCCCUGAGUCGUAGCGUCUGUUGCCAGCACGUCUCUAAAGGUGGCGGGGAGUGAUGUUUACAAAAUGCACACAGUGUUGUGAGGUGAGGUCCGCACAGAUCUUUUUCCGGUGCACACACAGAACCGGCAGCAAGCGGACUGGGAGGAAACCUUCGCAGAAUUUUACAAAAAAAGUGUAUUGGAUUAAAAUCGCUUACUGCCCCUUUAACAGGUGUUCCCCCGUGUAUCAAUAAACUAUUUUCGAUUCUGA